AAUCAGUCUCCUUCCUUCCAAUCUGGGCAUCCUCAUUCCUCAACUAUUUUCUUCUCAUUUCCUCUUCAGCCUUGUAUAAGCAACCCUCUUUUUCUUCUCUCCUCCACCCUCCCUUUCUCUCUCUCCAAAAGUAACAGAAAACCCAGAGGAGAAUCAUGUCUUCCCCAAGCAAACGCAGAGAGAUGGACUUGAUGAAACUGAUGAUGAGUGACUACAAGGUGGAUAUGAUAAAUGAUAGCAUGCAUGAGUUCUUUGUUCAUUUCCAUGGACCCAGUCAGAGUCCUUAUGAAGGUGGUGUUUGGAAAGUAAGGGUGGAACUUCCAGCUGCUUAUCCUUAUAAGUCUCCAUCCAUUGGCUUUGUUAAUAAAAUGUACCACCCAAAUGUUGAUGAGACGUCGGGAUCGGUUUGUUUAGAUGUUAUCAAUCAGACUUGGAGCCCCAUGUUUGAUCUGGUAAACAUAUUUGAAGUGUUUCUUCCUCAACUUCUAUUGUACCCUAACGCAUCUGACCCAUUGAAUGGGGAGGCAGCUGCUCUGAUGAUGCGGGACCACCCUGCAUAUGAACUAAAAGUUAAAGAGUACUGCCAGAAGUAUGCCAAACCAGAAGAUGUUGGAGAUGCAGCUGAAGAGAUGUCGAGUGACGAAGAGGAGCUGAGUGAAAACGAAUACGAUUCAAGUGAUGAUGCAGUUGUUGGACCAGUGGAUCCUUAGCCCUCUGCUACGGGCUAUCUGUACAUUACAUUGUUAUUAUGUCCAAAAAAACUUCACCUCGAACAAUUGUUAGGGAGGGAAGCAAAGACGAUCCUGACCUCUCAUUUAUUUCAUGUUAAUGUAUAUAUGUAUCAUUUGAUUGCUUGCAUUUGCUUCUCCAUGAGUGUGCUCAAUAAAAUGCUCACUUUUAAGAUCCCCUCCUAUUAUUGUCAUCAUUCUGAACUUUUGUCAUGCUUGGUUUUAAGUUUCCAUUGCAUAGUCAUUUAG